AGAAAGGUGAGUAAGUGAACCGUGAAAGGUAAGUAAAUAAUAUACAUGCAUAGCACACAUUGAACAUUUUUCAAUACAAAAUUAACAUUGAUAACAGAUAUGUAUAUACGUCAAUUUUGUCCGUGAAAAGUCGUUUAUAUUACUAGUUCUGCUAAUUUUUCAGAGCGAACAGUCGGUGCAAACUUAAGUGCGCGAUCAUACAUUUAUUGAAAUAAAAUAAGAAAAAAUUUAUAUAUAUAGAUCCAAUAAAACAUAAAAUACAUAAAAUAAAUUUUCAAUAUUCAUUAUUUCAACAUUUAUUAUUUUGCGAACAAUUAAACAACCGAUAUUGGAGAAAAACGAUAAAAGGAAGGUUGACUAUUACGGCAAAGUGGCUGCCCAGGAGAAACUUCGACAAGACCAGAUAAAAGUGUAAAAGAAGGUUUCUAUAUUUUUAGUCCAAGGCCAAUCAUUCGCAAGAUGAAGGUACCAAUUCUCAUUUUCUGUCUGACUGUGAUAUUUGGAAAUAUCUCCUGCAGGAUAUACAGUAAAGAAAAUGUUAAUUUAAUAGAAGGAACAAAUGAUAAGUAUCAAGACAGUUAUUUCAAUGUACCUUUGGAAAGAUCUCUCUCGAGAUACAAAAGAGCCAGUAUAUUAUUCCCGAUCACAAGUAUGGGAAACUUGAUGGGAUUUGGUUCAAAUGGUUUAAUUAAAAAUAUAUUACAUGUUGUCAAAAUCAUAACUGGCCUAUUGACUAAUCAAGAAGACUUGUGUUCUACAGAAAAAUUAUCCAUCGACUUGAUCGAAAAGAUUCAGGAUCCGAUCAAAACAAUCGAAAUUAUACUUUGCCAGAUCUUCAAUGUUAUUGGACAAGAAAGCCGUGAAAUAGUACUCACAUUAUUGAAAAUUUCCUGGGAAUUUUUAAGCACGAUAUUUUUACCAGGACUACAUACAGUAUUGAAUCAAAUAGCGAAGACUGGUAUAUUGCCUCCAAACCUCAUAGCCUUGAUCGAAACUUUUAAUGUACUUUACAAAGUCCUACAAAGUUAGAAUAUGUUAAAUAAAAAAAAAAAUAUUAAGCGCAAUACGAUUAAAUAAUAAGAUUUUAAAAUUUUACGAUUUUAAUAAUAAGAUUUCAAAACAAGUUAAAAAAUAUAAAAAGAUUAAGAAUGCACCACUUAUAAAAAUAUACUUAAAGACAUGUAUAUUCUUUACUAUUUACAUUAAUAAAGAAUUUUCCAUUUCAAAAUAGAAAAUCAGUGCUGAAUUUUUUUUUUGUCAUAAAUAUAUAAUUUAAAAAAAUGUGCAAUAUAUAUAAAAAGUAUAUUAAAAUUAAGAUCGACAUUAAAAAUUAUUAUUAAAAUUAAAAUAGAUAAAUUGUAUGAAUUAUUUGAACAAUGUAAAUAAUUAAAAUAUUA